UUCUUCCUCUACAUGCUCCCGCCCAUCGUCCUCGACAACGGCUACUUCAUGCCCACGAGGCCGUUCUUCGAAAACAUCGGCACGGUGCUGUGGUACGCCGUGGUGGGAACCCUGUGGAACAGCGUCGGCAUCGGGCUCUCCCUCUUCGCCAUCUGCCAGAUUGAGGCGUUUGAGAUUCAGGAUGUUAACCUGCAGGAGAACUUGCUUUUUGCCACCAUCAUCUCGGCCGUGGAUCCUGUCGCUGCUCUUAAUGUGUUCGAGGACAUCGGAGUCAAUGAGCAGCUGUAUAUCGUCAUUUUUGGAGAGGGGCUCUUUAACGAUGCCGUCACUGUGGUGAGUACAGGAAGUGUACGAGAAUACGAACGAGCCGGGUGAUAUGCAUGAAGUCUUGUGAUAUGAGCCGAAAAAUCCACUUGCGGAUAUUGUAAUACUAAGAAACGGGUAAAUGUUUUACAUUUUCCCU